AUGGCCAAGGUGCGGCGCAAGGCGGCCAAGGGGAAGGAGGCCCUCGACGCAUGGCUCAGGCUCAACCCCAUACCCGUGGUGGUGGGGCCGGGGCAGGUUCUUUACCUUAUUGACCACCACCACCUGGCGCGCGCCCUGCACGAGAGCGGCGUCAAGACCUGCUACGCGGGUGUGGCGCGGGACUUCAGCGCCCUGGCGCCCGACGCCUUCUGGCGGGAGAUGGCCGCGGCGCGCUGCCUCUGGCCCCACCGCCACGACGGCAGCCCCGUGCCGCCAGAGGAGGUCUCCAGCCUCCUGCCAAACACGGUCGCGGGCCUGCAGGACGACCCGUACCGCUCCCUGGCGGCGCUGGUGCGCAAGGCUGGCGGCUUCCAGAAGAGCACCAAGCCCUUCUCAGAGGCGGCAGGCGCACGCCUGCUGACGGGCCCUGGGUUUAUGUGGGCCAACUUCCUGCGGCCACGCAUCCCCCUGGCGCUGGAGGGGCUGCAGGACGUCACACACUUUGUGGGCCGGGGAAUCAGCCAUGCGAUGUCAGAGGCGGCCUCCCACCUGCCCGGCCACACGCUGCUGACUCAGCUCGGGCCUGAGCAGAUGGACUUAAUGGCGGCCCUGGGGGGGCUGGCCCCAGAUGACGAUGACGAUGAGCUGGCAGGACUCAAGGCCAAGGGCUCCAAGAAGGACAAGGGCGCCAAGAAGGCCGCAAAGGCAGCAGCAGCCGCCGCAGCGAGCAUCGCAGACCCGAGCGUGGCUGCGGCUGGGCCAGACGCAGCGGCAGCUGGGGCGGGGACUUGCUCCACGGCCGGCGGCGAUGCAGCCAGCGGUGGUCGCGAGGCGGCACAGUGA